GGGGCAUUUUCUCAUCAUAUCAAUAGUUCGUCUUUCUAAAACAGGAGAAGAAAGUGUUUGGCGAUGAAAAAGCACGCACUUUGGCUACUAUGCGUUCUGGUGUUACCGGCGAUAGCCUGGGGCAGGAAUCCUGAGAAGAAGGCAACGACUUCGUCCGGGAGGAAGGAAGAUGACCUGGUAACCGGUUUGCCUGGCCAACCACCGGUUAACUUCAGACAUUACGCCGGCUACGUCAAUCUCGGGCCACGACAGAAGCAAAAGGCGCUUUUCUACUGGUUCUUCGAAGCCCAACGAAACUCCUCAGGUCGUCCUCUUGUCCUCUGGCUCAACGGAGGACCUGGUUGUUCAUCGAUAGCCUAUGGAGCUGCACAAGAGCUAGGCCCUUUCCUUGUUCGCGCCGGCGGUGACAACCUUACCUUCAAUAAGUUCUCUUGGAACAAAGAGGCCAAUAUGUUGUUCUUGGAAGCACCGGUUGGCGUUGGGUUCUCGUAUACCAAUAACUCAAUGGAUCUUCAUAAGCUUGGAGAUCAAGUUAGUGCAGAGGAUUCUCUUGCUUUCUUGAUCAACUGGUUCAUGAAAUUUCCUGAGUACCGAUCCAACGAGUUUUACAUCGCCGGAGAGAGUUACGCCGGUCACUAUGUUCCACAACUUGCGAAUGCCAUUUACGACAGGAACAAGAAGGUUACAAGAGGCUCGCACAUCAAUCUUAAGGGUUUCAUGAUUGGUAACGCGGUGAUCAAUGAGGAAACAGACAUGGCAGGACUAGUGGACUACGCAUGGAGCCACGCUAUAGUAUCUGACGAGAUCCACAGCAACAUCCAUGGCAUGUGCCGUUUUGAGGAAGAGCAAAAGAGCAACCAGACCGUAGAAUGUAACGACAAUUUCAAAGCUUUCAUGGAAGCUUACAGCGAUAUCGAUAUAUACAGCAUCUAUACGCCCGUUUGCCUCUCCUCUUCGUCUUCUUCUCCAAGAAAGCCUAAACUCAUCGUGUCUCCUCGUCUCCUAACUUCACACGACUUGUGGGAUAGCUUACCGGCCGGGUAUGAUCCAUGCACUGAAGGUUAUGCCGAAAACUAUUUUAACCGGAAAGAUGUGCAGCUUGCACUUCAUGCGAACGUUACAAACCUUCCUUAUCCGUAUUCUCCGUGCAGUGGGGUAAUAAAAAGAUGGAAUGAUGCUCCUCCCACCGUGAUUCCCAUCAUCCAGAAGCUUUUGGCAGGCGGCCUCCGCAUCUGGAUCUAUAGUGGAGAUACGGAUGGGAGAGUACCAGUAACAUCUACACGUUAUAGCAUAAAGAAGAUGAGACCUAAGGUGGUGUCACCGUGGAGGUCAUGGUUCCACAAGAGUCAAGUAGCUGGAUGGGUUGAGACUUACGCAGGAGGAUUAACCUUUGCCACCGUGAGAGGAGCCGGUCAUCAGGUUCCGGUCUUUGCUCCAGCCCAAUCUCUUUCCUUAUUCUCUCACUUCCUUUCUUCCACCCCUUUGCCUUCAAAGCGUUUCUGAUCAUUACCGCCACCAAGUCAUGCCAAGUUGUUGUUAUGUUUUGAAACUGUCGUUUGGUACACUUAUGUACCCAAUUGAUAUAAUGAGUUUCAAAUGAUUAAUAAAAUAUUUUAAACAUUGCGUUUGUUGAUAUUAAUAUUUUAUAUUUGUCUUCA